UACAUACAAGUGCUAAGUACAAAAUAAUCAUCCAUCAUUUGAAACGCAUGGGGUGUGGGCGUGGUUUAUCGCGCGAAAGCAUGGCAAUCUACUUCCUUACUGUAAAAAAAAACUUCCUUACUGUGUUAAAAGAGAUAGCUGGAACAGGCAACACGAAAUCAGAGGUCUAAAAGCAUUUAUAAAUAACAGGACACGUUUUAUUCUCUGCCCCGUGAAUUAUGCAUGCAACUGUACUAGCCAUCUAACAUUUGUUGGAAAAUCAGUUAAAAAUUUUCUCGUGCGCUCAAGCAAGUCCCCAGAUGACGAUCGCCUAGAAGUCUAGCGAACUUCUAGAAGACUUCCAGAGUGCAACUGACUUGGGUGGAAAAGAAUCAUUGAAUAACAGCGAUGGAGCAAAGAGAACCAUCAGAUUCAGAAAAGCAUGCAGAAUGUUCCCCACAAAACAGAACCUCAGAAACAUGGAAAAAGCUGAAUAUAAUGGAUGACUGGACGAGAGAGGAUGUCCGUCAAUGGCUCAUGAAGUUGAAAGUCCCUCAGAAGUAUGCUGAUAUGCUUUACAAUGAAGAUGUUUCAGGAGCCUCUAUCAUUUUCUUUGAUAAACAAGACUUCCUAGAUCUUGGUUUAAAGCAUGGACCUGCAGUUCAAAUCGUUAAAACUGUGGCCCUGUUCAACAAAUCCCCAGAAAUGUUUGACCACAGCGCCAUAAUUAAGGUCACUGAUGAAUCAGUAAGAACAUCUGCAAAACAGCAUUUUCAGCAAGAAAAAGCACCAGCUGAAAGUCCUACCAUUGCAUCUGCUGAAAUGGAGACAACAGCACACUUCAGCAUUGAAGAAAACAUGGGUGGUGAAUCAAGUGUACAGAGAUGGUCAGAUAACACACCCAAAUAUUCAAGCAAUGGAAGGGUGUCCAUCUAUGAUGCAUCAUCUUUACAAUCAAAGAAGGAUCUAUUGGAGGAACGGGAUGAUGGCAUGUACACAAAAGUUGAUGGGGCAAAUGGUGCACAAUCCCUGGCUUUACCUUUGACACAUUCCACAAAACAAACAAAUACUGUUGGGAAUGAGACCAAAGAACACCUGAGUAACUUUAUAAAGCACUCAGUGGACAAGUCAAAAAGAUCUGUAUUUUUUUGGUGUAAGCCUCGACCCUUUGAUGAAAGCAGCACAACAUUUGAAUACGUACAGCAUUAUAUACUUCCACCUGAGACUGGCCCAAGCAAUCUUAUUGACCCUGUGCAUGAGUACAAGCUCAUGGUAAACACAGAGAAUGCUUUAGAAAAGAAUGUAUUCAAAAAAUUCAGAGAUGAUACAUUUUGGUUUUCUGCAGCAUGUCUGAAUUCUCGAACAAAUGGAACUAUCCAUUUUGGUGUUGGAGAUGAGCCUCUGUACAAACAUGGACAAAUUAUUGGACUAGAAGUGCCAUAUCAGGACAAAUUUAUCAAUGAAUUUUAUAAUGGUCUGAAGGAGCACUUCAAAGAAAAUUGGAAUAUUGCAAUGGCAUGCAUUAGGCCCCCCAAGUUCAUUAAGGUAAAAUGUCCAGAUAACAAGGACAAGUGGGUUAUUGAGAUUGAUGUUGUCCCAACGUAUAAAUUAACCAUGCAUAAACUUUUUUACACUACAGUAGACAAGAAGAAAUUAGACAAGAAGAAAAAAUCAAAAUGCCUUUUUAUUCGUUCUGGUGCAAGCACCUUUAAUUAUUUACCCGAAAAUAAUCCUAAAAUUUUGAAGCAAAACAGUAAGACAUUGAUGCGUGAUUUGAAAUUAUGGGUUUCAUUUAGACAGUGGGCUGAAUUCCAUGGCCCUGUCCCAAAUGGCACACUUCAUUUGCACUGACAGUGUUUGUGCACAAGACUGUAGGGGAUCCUUGCGUAAAACUUCAAAUAAAUAGAAUAGUCCCAAAUAGACGCCUGUCUCCUAACACGCCUGGUGUGGCUGCAGGUUUGGGUCUAAUAAAACCCGUCAGUUCGUCCGCUUUUUUGGCGGAAGCCAAAGCAAAUUUUUGUCCCGCCAAAGCCUAUUUUGAUUGGUCAGUGAUGUAGAAUGGAGACUGCUACGCUAGACUGGCCGUGCGCACGCACUCUCACAUCUUCAAACCCUACCGCUGUCUUGCUCUCUCUAUCUCGCGCAUAUUAAUCAAAAUCAAUUGACACGAUAGUAAAAGGUCGG